AUCUUCCCCUUUAUAAUCCCUCCCACCAGACCCAUCUUCUCUCUCCCUCCUCCCCUCACUUCACCAUAGUAUUCUUCAUCAGUGAAAGAAGCUCGGAGGGAGAAGAGGAGAGAUGGGAGAGUGGACAGCAGCACAAAACUGAACCCCAUCUCUCUCUCUCUCCCUCUCUUCCUGCAAGAAAUGAUGAGGUCCCUUGAGCCGGCAGCCGAGCAGAAGGCCUCAUCGUCCUUCGCUAACCUCCUCUCCAUCUUCCUCGGAGUCAGCUCCUCCGAGCCGAAGCCGAAGCGGAGCUUCGACGCAGAGGGUGUCGUCGGGCUCGGCAUCGUCGCUGCCAUGAGCACCGAACGGCUUACAGCCAAGCCGAUUGCCAUCGGCCCUGCCGCACGGCGCCGUGCCCGGGAGGAAGACCAGAUGUCCGAGAGCUACACUUGCGUCAUCACGCAUGUGGCUGGGGCCGGCGAGGGCGGUGGCAGCGUGCGGAAGCGCGUGUACUUCGGGUUUGGAGAAGGCGGGGGUGGCUGGUUCGUGGAAGCCUGUGAGGAGGAGCCGGCGAGGGAGGCUGACUUCUUGAGCCGGUGCUGCCUGUGCGGCAAGCGGCUUGAUGGGCUUGACAUCUACAUGUAUAGAUUGAAGAUUUUGCAGACAUCACGUCACCAAAAGGAGCUUGCAGGCAAAGCAACAUGAGGAACUGAAGAAUUGUAGUGUCUCCAAACAAGUUUGGCCAAGGAAUGCCAUGGUCACUGUAAAAUCUGUGAAGAAACAGAUAAAAAAGAUCAUUUAAGCAAAUGGGACAUAUACAAGAAUUGCUAAAGAAGCUUCUGAACUGUAGCUUGAAUAAAAGAGGAAGGAAUUUGUUGAGUCACGUCCACUGCAAAAUGUUCAGCACGUGUGAUUGCAUUUCUCUGUACCGAGCAGAUAUGAUGAGCACUUAGCAGAUAAAUUUGAUAUUUAAUCCUAUUAUGAAGUUUCAGAGAGAGAAACAAUUAAUUUGCUCAAGUUAAAAGGUUAAUUGGAUUGGGUAAAUAUCCAUGUUCUUGUAUAAGAAACUUGUUCUCAGGAAUGGCGAAAUUUACAGGAGGCAUUCGCAUUCCAGUUCUAAAUUCUGGUAAAUCACGGCAGAACAUGAUUUCCCGAGGGAAAAUCUGAGUUGUGAAUUGGUAUAAUAAAGCUGCACAGUUGAAA